UUGUUUCGCAGAACACUCUUACUCCUCAUCAGCUCUCUCAUCAACUCAACUUACUCCUCAUUAGCUCAUACUCCUCAUCAGCUCGACUUACUCCUCAUCAGCUCGAACUCUUACUCCUCAUCAGCUCUCUCAUUAACUCGAACUCUUACUCCUCAUCAGCUCUCUCAUCAGCUCGAACUCUUACUCCUCAUCAGCUCGACUUACUCCUCAUCCGCUGUUACUCCUCAUUAG